AUGACCGCAAUCCCAAUUCCUCUACCAAACCAACGCUUCGCGUCUACCCCAAUCGACAUGCAGUCCCCAUUCAACUAUCCAGAUUCUUACUCUUCCUACUCUUCUUCCCCAGGAAGUAUGGACUUCUUCUUCUACGGCAGCCAGCCCGUAUACGAUCCCCUCUGCGAGAUCGACACCAGUCCCUUCCCCAUUCAAGAGGUCGCCCCAGAGCUCUACAAUGUCACCAGCUCGCCCUACACCUACCAGGUCCCACAUGACUACCCAGUCUUUGACCGACCCGUCAUGCCCCAAAGGGCACCUAGCAGCUGUGGUAGCAGUUACAGCAGUAGCUAUAGCAGUAGCUUUAACUUCCCCUCCGAAGACAUCACCCUACCCUCCUAUCCCAUUGGCGAAUAUGAAUCCGGGACCGAGUCGCCAGCGCCUGUAUCCAAGCCUGUCAAGCCCUUCGGUUGCGACCACUGCGGCAAGUCCUUCACCCGCUUCGCAGACUUGAAACGCCACCAGUCCAGCGUUCACUACCCUGUCUUCCGCAACUGCCCUGUCGAGCACUGCUCGCGAAAGGGUAGCAAUGGCUUCCCCCGUCAGGACCACCUCGUCGAGCACCUUCGCUCAUACCACCACAUGGACGUGCCAAAGCGCGGUUCCUGCAAGCGUUCCGCAAAGCACAUCUCAUGA